AUGCGUCCUCUUCCUCAGCCUCCUUGGAUGCCUCGUAACUAUUAUGGCGAGAUACCCAGCAUCAUCACCAGCAUUCGACAGCUCCCUUCAGGGGUAGCUCCAACCCUCGACACCAUCCCAGAGAUCAAUCAUACCAUGAUAAAAACCGAGCCCUUAUCCAGUCUCAUUUGGGACACGCAAGCGACUGACUUCAAGCGGUGGGGAUUUGUCAUAUUCCGUACUGUGUAUACGGAGGAGUCUCAACCUCUAUGGGAGAGCUACGUUGAAUUUUUGAAAGCGUCAGUAGAGGAAGACCUUCAGUUCAAAGAGCUAUCGACGCUUUUGAAUCCGCUUCUUGAAUGGGUCAUCAUUGAAGAUCAAGAAACUCUCAACAAUGCCUCAAAGCAGCACGUGCGCGAGAGGUUCUCGGAAUAG